GAGUUGGCCUGGUGUCUGCUCGUGCAGCGCUCGACUAAUCCGCAUGCGGAGCUCCACAUAAGGUUGGGCACUAGGCCCCUAAUAGGGGAUAGCGCCGCCCUAGCUCCAGUGCGUCAGUGCCUACGUCAUUGAAAGACUUAAAAUUGUGGUGCCAGUUCCUCAUGUGAACUCAUAUACUUAAUGUGCUAGCCACAAUUCCCAGCCUGUCGUUGCUGCCCAUCCUCUACAGCCGUGCAUUCGUCAAUUGAGAUCGACCAUAGGUCAACUCCCUCCCUCCUUCCUCUUCUCUUAAACUCCCAUCGCAGCCAAGACAGAAGACGCGACGGAAUCUGCAGUACGAAUUCACCAUGGCAGCUGGAAGACCAAUACUCAGCUUUCUGGCUCUGUUUUUCACUGCUGGAGCUAUGCUGCUCAUGUUUUUGACGCUUCUGGGCGGUGUGACCAAUCAUACACCCUUGAAUAAUAUCUACUUCCUGCAAGUCGACAGCUCGAGUAUUCCUGGAGCUCCAACUACCUCACGAUGGACCUUUUGGAAUCUGUGUGCCGUUCGAAACGGGAGGAGCCAGUGCGGAUCUUCACACCCAUGCUUCCCUUUUGACCCCCGAACUCGCGCAAUUUCGGCACCGAUCACAAACCACUAUUGGUUGAUGUCACGGUUCAUGUUCCCCUUUAUCAUCAUCUCGCUGUUCUUUGCUACCUGCUCUCUGUUUCUGGGAUUCGUGGCGAUUUGCACACGCAUUGGAAGCUAUCUCUCGAGCCUUCUAACAUGGCUUGCAUGGCUGUUCCAGGUAAUCACAACUUCGUUGAUGACAGCCUGUUUCGUGCAAGGACGUAACCAUUUCAACUCAGCUAGCGAGCCCGCAACUCUUGGAAGCAAAGCGUUUGGCUUCAUGUGGGCUGCCGUCGCCUGUCUGACCAUCUCGGCGGUCUUGUAUUGCAUGGGCGGUUCCCGAGGUAAGAGCGAAGAUGGCUACAGCGGUCGCGAGACACGACGACGCGGAUUCUUCGCUUCAAGACAGUCCAGCACCAAGUCUCGAGGAAGUUUCAGGAACGGGACCGAACGCAAGGAUUUCGCCUAAGUGAUCCUGAAUCAGCAGUUCUCUUGCGGAUCUUCUGGAUCUAUACAAAAAAAGACAUCUCAGAAGUUGAUUAUCAUGAAGCUUCGUCUUCCGAUAUUUACAAACACCCUUUUAGUCGCCUACAUAUUUCGAUGCUUAUACAACACCGAAAGCUACCGUCACUCUUUAUGAAAUUACGAGUAAUUAAUGUCUUGUCUUUAAUAUGUCGAUUUUCAGUGAAACUACGACAUCCUAUGAUACUCACUGCCUAAUGAGAAGUGAGUUGGGGGAAGUAUUUACAAUUUUACUGUACUAUGAUUGUUAGAUGUGUCAAGAUUCAUUAUCUGUACACUAAUCUGAGCCUUCAAAUAAUUGAUGUUUUUCAUUCAGUUCCAUAGUUAUAGCUCAAUGUUAAUUAUCAAAUAAUAU